ACCCCAAAAUGGCUUUAACGGAGGCGCUUUUUCUCAUUGUGGGCGCUCUGAGCGCUAUUUACCUGUGGUUCCAGCGCAAUCACAGUUAUUGGCACCGCAAGGGUUUGCCCUUCAUGCCGCCCUCGCCCAUUAUUGGCAAUACUGCGUCCGUGUUCAAGCAGGAGAGCUCGUUUGGCAUGUACAUCUCGAAGGUGUACAGUGAGCCAAGGAUGCAGGAUGAGGCCGUUGUGGGCAUCUAUGUGAUUAACAAGCCAGCUCUGGUCAUUCGUGAGCCAGAACUUAUCAAAUCCGUGCUAAUCAAGGACUUCAAUCGUUUUUCCAAUCGCUAUGGACGCUGUGAUCCGCAUGGCGACGCGCUGGGCUCCAAUAAUUUGUUCUUUGUGCGCAAUCCGCAGUGGAAGGAGAUACGCACUAAGUUGACACCUGUCUUUACCAGCGGCAAGGUGAAGCAAAUGUAUCCACUAAUGCUGGAGAUAGCUGCGGAUCUGGAGUCACAUUUGGCCAGACAUCGUCCAGCACAGGGUACCGAAUACAUAACAGAAGUCAAGGACAUAUGCGCAAGAUUCACCACGGAUUCAAUUGCUACCAUUGCAUUUGGAGUGCGCGCAAACAGCUUGGCAAAUCCUGAGGCCGAGUUUCGCAACCAAGGACGUAAGGUUCUCGGGGCCAGUCUAUCGCGCAGCAAGGAUUACUUUGUUGCCUUUUUUAUGCCCAAGUUGGUAUCAUUGCUUCGCAUUAAGUUCUUUACGGAGGAAUAUUCCAAUUUUAUUCGCAACACUAUCAACCAUGUGAUGUCGGAGCGGGAGGGCACGGCCACUGUGCGCAACGAUCUAAUUGAUGUCCUAGUUGGUUUACGCAAGGAGGCCGCCCUGGACCCCAGCAAGCCGCAUCUGGCCAACAACAAUGACUUUUUGGUUGCUCAAGCAGGUGUUUUCUUCACGGCUGGAUUUGAAACCAGUUCGUCUACUAUGGCGUUUGGUCUGCUGGAGCUGGCCAAGCAGCCGGAACUGCAGGAGCGUCUGCGUCAGGAAAUCAAUGAAGCUUUAGUGGAGGAGGGAGGCAAGUUGAGCUAUGAGAAAAUCAAUUCACUGGAAUACCUAGCCAUGGUGGUCGAUGAGGUGUUGCGUCUGUAUCCAGUGCUGCCUUUUCUGGAUCGCGAAUAUCAGAGUAUUCAAGGCCUGCCGGAUCUGUCGCUGAAACCCUACUAUGAUUAUAAGAUGGAGAACGGCACGCCUGUUUUUAUCCCUGUCUAUGGACUACAGCGUGACCCUAAGUACUGGCCAAACCCGAAUCACUUUGAUCCCGAACGCUUCUCACCGGAGAAUCGAAAAUCAAUUGAGCCGAUGGCCUAUCAACCCUUUGGUCUCGGCCCGCACAACUGCAUUGGAAGUCGCAUUGGCCUGCUCCAGGCCAAACUGGGUCUGGUGCACAUCCUGAAGAAUCAUUAUGUGCGCUGCUGCUCGCAGACUUCCAAGGAUAUUCAAUUUGAUGCGAAGACCUUUGUGCUGCAGCUGGAUAAGGAAAUGUUACUAGAGAUUGUGAACGAUAGACUUUAUGAUGAAAAGGCUGUCUGAUUUCAGCUUUACGAGUUUGAAGUGAAUUUACGUUGUGCGUAA